UCGUCACGGAACUCCAGACGAACCAUACAGCUCAGGACCGAAGCGUUGGCGUCGUGACCCUUUCCAGCCCACCGCAACCAUGUCGAAGGCUCUGGAAUUAGCAGCGUCGCUGCCAGUGACCCCGCCGCCUGACGUCGCGCCGCCCAAGAAGAAGCAGCCGUACCCGUUCUGGCUCGGAGGUGCCGCUGCGACAAUCGCUGCAUCCAUAACACACCCGCUGGACUUGACGAAGGUGCGGUUGCAGGCGACGGAGGACAAGAGGAUGAUCGAGUCCAUACGUAAGACCGUGCGCACAGCUGGCGUGCGGGGGCUCUUCGACGGCAUUACGGGAACAUGGCUCCGCCAGAUGUCAUACUCGGUAUGCCGCUUCUGGGCGUACGACGAGGCAAAGAAGAUCGUAGGGGCAGGUCCGAAUGCACCGGCAUGGAAGUUAGCGCUUGCGGGCAGCAUGGCGGGUGGCAUCGCGGGGCUCGUCGGCAACCCCGGAGAGAUUAUUAUGGUCCGACUCCAAGGUGACCUGGCCAAGCCGCCAGAGAAGCAGCUAGGGUACAAGAAUGCCGUUGAUGGGCUCAUACGCAUGGUACGCGAGGAGGGUUGGUCGUCUCUGGGACGUGGAGUUGGCCCGAACAUAUUCCGUGCCAUAUUGAUGAACGCGAGUCAACUGGCGUCGUACGAUUUCUUCAAGGCUGAGCUACUCAAGACUAGUUACUUCGAAGAUAACAUCAACGUCCAUGUGACAGCGAGCUUUGCUGCUGGCACGGUAGCAACCACGGUCUGCUCACCAGCUGAUGUCAUCAAGAGUCGGAUUAUGAGCGCCUCAGGCAAAGACGGUUCUUCGACCCUGCAAGUCAUCAAGACGUCGCUAAAGAACGAAGGCCCGAUGUUCAUGUUCAGAGGCUGGCUUCCUGCAUGGACCCGUCUGCAGCCGACGACAAUCCUGAUUUUCGUCACGCUCGAGCAGCUGAAGAACCUUGUGGAUUAUACCCGGUCGCUUCGUGGGCAGUAGGGAAGAGCUCGGCGCGGGGUCUGGACUUUAACGCUAUUGUUUGUGAUGUGCCCGGAUUGCAGUGUACGAGGAGGCUGUGUUUUUGGUGCGUCGGGGAUCAUUGAUGUUCCUUGGGCGCGUAUUGAUCCAUUGAGGAUGAUAGUUGUUGUAUACCAGUGUAAAUCCACAGGUGUAUUGUGUUGUACCAUACCCUUUGCACGAGACGAUUGCGAUCUUGAAGUCUGUUCAUCAAGCGCAGAUUUGUCCUGUGUGGCGAUGCC